AUGCAAUUAGAUAGUACCGUUCCUCCAGAAAUCCAUUUUAUAGACUUGAAUGAGAAAGAAUUCAACUCCAUAGGAAAACUAGAGGCUGAAAAAAUCCCAAGAUUGGCUCAUAAACUAGAUAGAGCUUUAUUUUCACCAGGAGUUCACUUCUUACAAGAUCCUCGUACAAGAAUAUAUAAUUUCACCCCGUAUUUGAAAAAAAUCAUUAAACUAGAGGACUUUAAUUUCGAUUUGGUUGAAAAAUUUGUGACAGUUUCAAAAGACAAAGUGCUAUUCAAUAAAGCUAUUGAGCAACUGAAAAAGUUUUAUUCAUCUACUUCAUCAAUGACUUCAAGUUUGACUCAAUUCUAUCUAAUGCUAAAUAAUUAUAAGCCUGACCUGAAGUCAAGAUUUAGUUUUCCAGAAUUUUCUCGUAACGUUCAAGAAGUUCCUAGCAGUGUUUUAAUAAGGCCGAAAGGUAAAAACAAUGUCACUGGUGAAUCAGUAUAUGCUAUUGAAUCAGAUAAGUCGGCAGAUCAGGAAAUUUUACUUAGCGCUAUGGGACAUUGUCUUGAAGCAUUACUUACGAAUGAAGAAGAAGAGUUUGAAAAAUUCAAUGUCAAUUAUAAAUAUGGAGGAGGUGAUUCUGGAAGUGGAGAGAGGGAGAAGAAAAUAAUUGAAACCAAGAUGCAACAAAAUGAAAAUACAUAUAAUUACGCAAGUUAUGGAAAUUUUCUAAUGAGAUCACAACUAGAUUGCUACGAUGAUAGACUUCCAGGUAAUGGGACGUUUGAUUUAAAAUCAAGAGCAGUAUGUGCUAUUAGGUAUGACCAAGGCCAUCCUGAACUAGCAAAUAAUACUUAUCAAAUUUGGAAACUAGAUGGUAGAUAUGAAUCAUUUCAAAGGGAAUUUGAUGAUUUGAUCAAAACUGGGGCUCUAUUAAAGUAUGCAUUUCAAGCAAGGAUAGGUCAAAUGGAUGGUAUUUUUGUAGCAUAUCAUAAUAUUAAUUCAUUUUUUGGAUUCCAAUAUUUACCAUUAUCUGACAUUGAUAGAAUAUUAUACUCAACAACUCAUGAAGUACACCCUAAGAAGAUUAAAACAAUUGAUGAUGUUAGAGACUCAUUACCAUCAUAUGUUGCAGAAACUCAAUUUAAAUUAUCACUAGAAAUUUGGGAAAGAAUACUAGAUCGUAUAAUAAAAGAUCUAGAAGCACAAGGGUUGAAAGAUACAACUUUCAGGUUGGUUUUGAAGUCUAAAUCAGUUACUAUUCCAAAAGAAGGGUCCGAUGAUAUUCAUACAUCUCAAUUAUUGGUAAUGGCUGUUCCAUUAACGGAAGAAAAAGCUAAUCAAUUACAGGGAUUCCUGCAAAAAUUUGAGACAAGUUUCAUUAAAGAUAUUCCUCAUGAAGAAAGAAAUGAAAAUUUACGUCAACAUAAAGAAGAAUUAGACAAAUUCAAUAAAUCGACUGUUAAAGAGUCCAAAGUUGGUGUUCUAAAUUAUGUUGUGAAAAACGAAGUACAUUUUGAUGGCCAUUAUAGGCCCGUCCCCACACCUCAUCCAUAUCCGUAUAGUAAGGAACAGAAGUGGGUUAAUAAGUACACCAUUAGCAAGGCUUCAGAAGAUCCCGGCCCGUAUUUGAAAUUCUUACAAAGGGCUACCCAAUUAUUAGCAGGUAGACCAAACGGUAAUAAACAGCCGGAUGAUAUGAAGGAAGAACAAAAAGAUGUUGAGAAACCAGAUGCACAUGAUGAAAGAGUUAUUGAAAUUGAUGAAUCAGACCAAAAGAACCCCAUGAGGGUUUAUUCUGCAGUUGGGAAAAUUAGAAUGAAAGCAUGGGAGAACAAGGAUAAUAAUCCAGUAUUGUACGAACCGAAAAAUUAA